CAGCCCUCGCUAACGCAGCUCUCCUGCUCGUGAGUAGCCGUUAGCUAGCAGCUCAGGUGAGGCUGAAUAACAGCAGAGCAGCUCAGCGGAAGGAAUAAAGAUGGCCGGAUGGUGAAGGAGAGCGAGGACCUUAGGAUAAGAUGGCCGCCUGCCUUGGAAACUGGGAAUCACAAUGGCAGAAAAUGAUGUUGAUAACGAGCUUCUGGACUACGAGGAGGAUGACGAGCCCCAGGGCCUCCCAGAGAGCGGCCCCCCGGCCAACAAGAAGGAGGUGAAAGGAUCCUACGUAUCCAUUCACAGCUCAGGAUUCAGAGACUUUCUGCUCAAACCAGAGCUGCUGCGCGCCAUCGGUGACUGCGGCUUCGAACAUCCUUCAGAAGUUCAACAUGAGUGCAUUCCUCAAGCUAUCCUGGGGAUGGAUAUUCUCUGUCAGGCCAAGUCUGGCAUGGGAAAGACGGCCGUGUUCGUGUUAGCAACGCUGCAGCAAAUUGAACCUGUGGACGGCCAGUGGGACGGUGGACGAGUUGUCUCACUCCCUGCUGACUGUGUCUCUGUUAUUGGGACGGUGGACGAGUCGUCUCACUCCCUGCUGACCGUGUCUCUGUUAUUGGGACGUGGGACAGUGGACGAGUCGUCUCACUCCCUGCUGACCGUGUCUCUGUUACUUUCCUCAGUACGGAUGUUUCUCUCCAGGUUAUCUCGCUACCAGCAGUUUAAAGACUUCCAGAGGCGGAUCCUGGUGGCCACUAAUCUGUUCGGCCGAGGCAUGGACAUCGAGAGGGUCAACAUUGUCUUCAACUAUGACAUGCCCGAGGACUCGGACACGUACCUUCACAGAGUAGCGCGUGCCGGAAGGUUUGGGACCAAAGGCCUCGCCAUCACUUUUGUCUCAGACGAAACAGACGCCAAGACUCUGAAUGAAGUCCAAGACCGCUUCGAGGUGAAUGUAGCCGAGCUGCCUGAGGAGAUCGAUAUCUCCUCCUACAAGCUUUCUCACAUCUUUGACCUGAACAUCAGAGGCAUUGCUGAGGCAAUCUUUCACUGCAUGGACAGGAUGUGGGUCAGUCCGCCUCUAUUCCCUUCACAGCCCUCCGCCGUUCUCUGCAGCCUGGCUGAGAUGGACUGCUCCAUCACUGUCACCAGGUGUGUCACUGUAAAUCUGAAUCCGUGUUAA